AUGUCGAGAGCGAGCGCACCGACGAGGCACACACACAGCAAGGAGAGCUCGGAGGACAGAGCGAUACCAGCCGCAGGCAUGGCGGACGUGGACGCCCUGCCCGAGGUCCCGCCGGGGGCCGAGGAUAAUGCGGUACCCAAGGCCGAUUCCGCGGCGGUGGAGGCGGAGGUCGACCUGUCGAUGUUCGACCUGAGCAAGAAGAAGAAGAAGAAAAAGAAGAAGGUCAAGACCGAGGGGGACGACGAGGCGGGCGGGGGAGACGGCGAAGACAGGGAGGAAGGAGAGGGGAGGUACAACUACGAGACGUUGCUGGAGAGGAUCCAGAACCUGCUCCACGUCAACAACCCGGAGCUGGCCGAACGCAGUCGCAUCACGCUCAAGCCGCCACAGCUCAUGCGCAUGGGAACACGGAAGACCUUGUGGGCGAACUUCCAGGACAUCUGCCAGCUGAUGAAGAGGCAGCCGGAGCACGUCUUCUCCUUCGUCGUGGCGGAACUGGGAACGGAAGGUUCCAUCGACGGAAACCAACGCUUGGUCUUGCGAGGGAAGUACGUGCCGAAGUACAUCGAGUCGCUCCUGCGGAAAUACAUCGUGGAGUACGUGACGUGCCAGAUGUGCCGCAGCCCUAACACAACCCUCACCAGGGAUCCUGUGUCGCGGCUGUUCUUCGUGCACUGCCAGGACUGUGGGUCGAGCCGGUCUGUCGCACCCAUCCGCUCCGGAUUCCACGCGCAAACGCGCGCGGACAGGCGUGCGCUGCGGAAUGCGGUCAAAUAAAAGGGUGUCGAUUUUGGAUUUGUUUCGGAGGGGGGGGGUGGGGGUGGCCCGCAAAGUCGAAAGGUCAAGAAGUGUAUGCGCCCCCUCGCGCCCCCUUUGUAUUGUGUCUUGUUAGGGAGAAGCUGGAUGACGAGCGUGUUUCCGGCGAAGCGUAGUGGCCACGGGCAGGAUAGCACGGUGUGGUGCGUUUUUUUCCAUCAAACGGAUAAGAGGAUCACAGGCUCUGUAGGCAGGAGCACGCGUGCAUGGAUGCAUGCAGAGGAGACGGGCGACGUUCUCCUACUGGGUCGCCAGACGGCUGUUGCGCUGUGGCGACUGACGGUGUAAAGCUGUGUUUUUUGAUGUUCGUGUUUCAACACCCAUCGAGAACGACGGUAUCGGAAAUAGUGGGUUCAUAUGCGGAUACGCUUGGUUCAACGCAUGAAGACGCUGGGCAUGAGUUGGUAGCCACCGGAUAGCGACUAAAAGGAAUGAACAGACCCUCGUCCUGUUUUUAGUUUGUCAGCUCUGCCAGGUCAGCAUUGGCAUCUCGUAGGGGGUCGAAUGUUGCUUUGGCUCCAAACAUCGAUCGCAGGACCAAGAAGCUAUUUCCAAAUCCGUUAUUCUGGCAAAGAAAGAAAUUCAGCAAUGUGCAGGCAGUCGAAGACAGCAGCAGUAUUUCGUACCAAUUGUGGCGGGGCUUUUGAACAUGCUGGAACAUGACACACUGAUGUACACGCCCGACAUUCCGUGGGUGAGUGUGGUGUGUGUAGAUGCAGGCGAGGCCGAUGAUGGCACCGUUUCCUCAACGCAUCCGCCCUCAUUUUCUUUGACUGAUGGUACUUACCAGGUGUCUUGAGGAAUGAGCAGAAAUUCACCAACAA